AUGGCGGAAAGCACCCCCCAGCCUGAAGCCGUUGCGGCCAAGCUGGAAACCCAAUGCAGCAUCUCUGCCGCCUCUGCCAACUCCGCCAACUCCGCCAACUCCUCUGGCGACGAAAGCCGUGACGAAAGCCAGAAAAGCGACAAGGACAAGGACAAGAUGGCGCGCCACAACACUAGCAGACCGUUCCCGCCUCGACGCCCUGAGCUCGAUCUGAGUGCCAUGCUGAACCUUGAACAGUCGAAGCAGCUACAAGUUCUCGUCCAAUCCGUUCUAGACAGCAUGCAGGAGCACAUCCGCGAACCCCUCGACAAUCUAUCGGUCAUCGACAUGUCGCCCGACGAGGGAAUCAAGCCCCCGCGGGCCAUUGUCACCUCUAUACCCAACCCUCGCAGUGAGAAGUACCGCGCCCAGUAUGGCGACAUCGGCCUGCCCGCUGUGAAGCCCGACUUCGAAGACCGCGACCUCCUCCGAAAGAUCAUGAAGUCUGUUCCGCCCCCUAUUGACAGCACCACGACACCGCAGCCCACACUCUUCCUCCCCAAGUCAGCCGAGGAAGCUUCCGCUAUGUCCGGGAAGACGCAGAACGAGAUCGUCAUGUCCAGCCUGUCGGAGCUGAAGCGAGAUGUGCUGGCACAGUUUGGCAAGUGGCGUAUCGUCGUGACCCGCCGAGUAAACGACAUAGUCAUCAAGAAUGGAGGAACCGGAGGCAACGUUGUUCGCCAGGGACCACAACAUGCAUCAGGUAAUGCCAGACGGGUCGGUAAUGCCGCAGGAGGAAGACCAGCCAGGCCUCCUGAACUGGGUGUUUCUAGUAACCUUUCCAAUACCGCUCUGGUUAAUCUUCACCCUCCCUUGUACACUGCGUUGACCAGUUUGCCCAAGGAGAAGCGCGCGUUGAUCUUGCAUUCCAUGAUGCUGCUGCUUCUGGGACUGGACCAAUACUCUUCCCACACCCGCACUGUUCUGCUGAAGAUUGCUUCUUCUUUGCAUAUCCCCGCACACGUUCUAUUGCAAGACGAGUACAGAGUCUCUCAGGCUCUUGCUCAGAUUGUCAAGGGAAUAUCCGCCGAAGAAGUUGCCCGCAAACGAGCGGAAGAGGGCAAGCCUCCCAAACGCUGGAGAGGUGCAGGGCUCUCUAUCAUGCCUCCUGGUAGCAUCACGGGCAAUCUUGCGGAACCCCUCAUUGUUGCGGGCAUUGGAACUGUCUUCGGAGGCGUUGGCCUUUCAACAACGGUCACAGCGCAUCUGCUAGGUGGCAUUGGAGCGGCGGAAAGCACCGUCCCUGUCGGUACCUUGUUCGGGCUAUACGGAGCCCGACAAGGCGGCAAGGCGAUGGAUGCGUAUACCAAGGAUGUCCAAGACUUCGCCCUCAUCCCAAUGCACGGUUCCAUGCAGUCUGAGUUGAUCGACCCCAAGGACGUGCCUGCUGAGAACCGCCGAAUGCGAGUCACCAUCGGCAUCAGUGGCUGGACCACAGUACAGGACGACUUUCGACAACCCUGGAAAGUCCUGGGCCAACUGAACGAGGUUUACGCUCUUAGGUGGGAGCUGGAGGCUCUCAUGAAGGUGGGCAUUUCGUUGCAGACCGUCGUCAACAAUGCAGCUUGGAGCGCUGCAAAGAAGGAAGUCGUCAAUCGCACGGUCUUUGAAAGUCUGCAGAAGGCUCACUGGCCCACCGGACUCCUCAAGGCUAGCAAGGUCGUCGAUAACCCCUGGACAGUUGCGCUUGUGCGUGCGGAGAAGGCAGGUCAGGUCUUGGCGGAGAUUCUCACCAACAAGAUGCAAGGGGAGCGGGCCGUCAAUCUCAUAGGGUAUGGCAUUGGUGCUCGCAUCAUCUACACCUGCCUGAUGGCGUUGGCGGAGAAGCGAGCCUUCGGAAUCAUUGAGAAUGCCGUCCUGAUUGGCGCACCUUGCCCCUCCACAGUCCAUGUCUGGGCCUCAAUGAGAAGCGUCGUCGCUGGUCGCCUCGUCAACGUCUUCUCGAAGAAUGACUACCUCCUUGGCUUCCUUUACCGAAGCUGUGCCUGGCAGUACGGUGUUGCCGGUUUACAGACCAUCGCUGGUGUACCUAAGGUCGAGAACUCCGACUUCAGCAACAUUGUCGCCAACCACCUUCAAUACCAGUAUCUCGUUGGCAGCAUCUUGAGGCGUAUUGGCUGGGAGGACAUUGACUACGACCAAGUUGACAACGACGCGAACAAACUGGCUGUCAUGGUUCACCAGGAGAGAAAGCUCGACCAAGAGCGCGACGAGAAGGUCAAGGCUCGAGCCCUUCGGGAGCAGCAGGAGAAGGCAGCUCAGGAGAAGGUGGCUCGAGAGAAAGCGGCCCAGGAGGAGGCGGUCCAGGAGAAGGUGGCUCGAGAGAAGGCGGCUCGAGAGAAGGCGGCUCGAGAGAAGGCGGCUCGAGAGAAGGCAGCCCGGGAUAAGGCGGCUCGAGAGAAGGCGGCCAAGGACAAGGCAGCCAAGGAGAAGGCAGACAAGGAACUCAAGGAGAAGCCCGUGAACGUCAACAAGCCGGAGUCCUCGAAGGCAAAUGAUCCUUCAAAGCCGAGCGGAAACCGACCCGAGACGGGUAAGAAGCACGGCCGCAAGAAGGAGAAUCGCCGAUCUGGAGCUCAACCCUAA